GUCUAUAGAUCGUUGCACAAUGGAGGUUUCAGCUUUGAGGUGCGGUGUUAUCUGUACUGCUUUCUGACUAGGGUUGGCCACAAUUAAACGGCCGGUCCCUAGACUGAAGCAGUGUGGAUUAAUUACGAUUUAACUUCCCUACUGGAAGUAUCGAACCCGUUUUAAGUUAUAUUCCUCAAUGGAACAUCACUUUUUAUCGGGUAUCUCGAUUUUGAAACGAAUUCCAAACCAAGAUUAAAAGAUAUUCCAAUUUGUCAUUUGGAUUACAUAAAAUUGUGAUAUUUCCUAGUCGUGCCCGAAGAGACCAACUCCAUUUUUUGUGUUUUUAUCAGCUUUUCACAGUUUAAAUUGUCUAGUGUAUCAAAAAUCAUUUCACUGACCCAUUUGGAAUAAUUUAUCGAACCUCGAUGACUUGUGCCGCGAGAAUAGCCAAAACGAACUUGCGACUGAACCUGAGAGAUGCUGGCCACAAACAGCAAACUAAUUUCGACAGUAAGCCUGGCAGUGGAGGGGGAAACCUUAGUCCAAAUCUGCAGCCUGCCACACCUCCUACCUAUCCAAAUCCCAAAGAGCCACUCACUGCCACAAAGGUAGCAGAUAAGUACUUGCUACUGAACCGCCUUGAAGGUAGUACUCUAAGGCGUUGCAUCCAUAUUCAGAGUCAACAAGAAUUUGUAUGCAAGGUUGUGCCAAAUGAAAGGUAUCGAGAUGUGCUUCGAGGACAUUUCAGGCUGGAAGCUCAUCCAAACAUUAAUCCUGUAGAAGAAGUACUUGUGGGUAGAUCAAGUACUUACGUUAUAUUUCCUAGAUGUUAUGGAGACUUACAUUCGUAUGUCCGAAAUAAAAGGAAUCUUCGUGAAAAAGAGGCACUUCCGUUAUUUAAGCAGGUAGCAAGUGCUGUUGCUGCAUGUCAUUCAGCUGGCAUAGUCUUAAGAGACCUCAAACUCAGGAAGUUUGUUUUCAAAGACCCAGAGAGGACCCAGUUAAAACUGGAGACUUUGGAUGACGCAGUUGUAUUAGAUGAAGAUGAUGAUUGGCUGAAUGAUAAACAUGGUUGUCCAGCAUAUGUUAGCCCAGAAAUCUUAAGCCCAACAAGUAACUAUUCAGGUCGAGCUGCUGAUUGUUGGAGCCUUGGUGUCAUGUUGUAUACAAUGUUGGUGGGUCGUUACCCAUUCCAUGACACAGAGCCAAGUGGUUUGUUUAGCAAAAUCCGUCGGGGUUGCUAUACAGUACCAGAACAUCUAUCCUCCAGAGCCAAAUGUCUCAUUAGGAGCCUUCUUAGAAUGGACCCUUCUGAGAGGUUAAUGGCAGAAGAAGUAUUGGAUCACCCUUGGUUUCGAUCUACAAAAUUCAGUGAUGAAUUACCUGGAUCAUCUGACCAGACUGUACCAGAUCCAGAAUUCAGUGUGGAGGAAGAUCAACCUCUUUUUAUGUGAUUGAAACUUUGUUAUUCUUAAGUCAUAAGAACUGGCAGCUAUGAGCGCAGAUAAAGCAACUCCUGUGCUUUCAGUGCCCGGUAUUCCUUAUUAUUUCUAGCUGUGUUCUGUGUACAGAAAUAGGAAGUUCAAACAUUCAAUCCACUUAAUAAAUAGCAUGACUGUGCAAGUUGUAUUCAUCAUUUCCCAUGAUCAGUGGGAAUUCUUCAAGCUGUAUAGAAUUGGAAAAAAAAAAAAUUGUGCAUGUACUUUGAGUGUAAUCAAGUCAUUUUCAUAUCACCUAAAGGAAUUUUUUUUUUUUUUUUUUUUUUAUGUUUGCAUAAAACAUGUUAAUAAAUUUUUAGUGUUAACUUACCAGUAUUUAUUGAAAUAUAGGUCUGUAUAACACAGAAAAUCAAAGUUGCAAUCUUGCUGCUUUUUAUUGUGUUAUAUGAAUCAAAUUUCUCAAAAUCUGAGUCAUAAAAAGUAAUUGUGUACAGCAGACCGGGCCAAAUCAUUCAUAGCAACUUUGCACUGCCAAGCACCCCCUGUAGUGUUGUUUGCAUGGAUGUCAUUAGCAGUUUAUGUUUUGUCUUGUAAUGUUGAGAGUCCCUACAUUGAAGGGAGCAAGAAUAACAAUUUCAUUGUUAAUGUCAUUUUCUCUCGUCAUUCUGUGUGACAUCAGUUUUCCUAUUUCAGGUGUUACGCAUCUCCUGUGCUUUCUCAGGUAGUUAUGUGAGCCAAGAGUGAGAAAUAGGUGGUACUUUUUUGUUUUGUACAUGGUACUUUGUUCCUCAUUUGUGAAAAGAAAAACAUGCAGAAUAAAAUAUUCUACUUUGAAAUAUUGAAACUAACUUUAUAUUCAACAAUAUAUAAUUGUCCUGCAUCUCAUUUCUGCAUAACUUAUAUAUAAGUUUUCAUUAAUAUUUCUUGAAACAUAAAAUAAUAAUAAUUUGAGAGGUAAGAGAAUUUUCUUGAAAUUUUAUCUUUUGUAAGAUAAAGGUUUAUUUUGCAUGUCUAAAAACAUGACUAAGCAUAAAUAUUUGGGAAUUAUAAGAUUAAACUUAUUUAGAAAUUGGAAUCAAAGGUUGAUGCAUGUAUGUACAUAGUGUAAAACUGGACUGUAUCUUUUUUCCUUUUCUUUUUGUGCAGUCUUUUAAAGUAUCCAGAGUAAAAAGUGAAAAUAAUUCCUAGUUUUGGUGAACAUUUUAAAUGAAGUAGAUUCACUAAAAUGUUUACUAAUUGUGAAAUUUUUGCAUUUCAUGUUUUAAAUAAUUGUGAAAUAUUCUUUGUUGUGGAAAGAAUAACUAGUAUAAAAGUGUUAAAUGUUGUAGAUCGGUGAAUGUGACAUGUGAAUGUAGAAAUAUUAAUUAGUAUACAUACUAUGCAACAACAUUUCAAAUCUUGAUGGAAUACCUAUGCAUUUUUAAAUAGAUUUGAGUAUAGAAAAUUUUUAUUAGCCACUGAAGUUAUCUGUUAGGCUUAGUUCCUUUGAAAUAGCAGUAAGUUUUGUUACUGUGUUUAAAUCGGUGCUUAUGAUCAGACUUCAUCUAGUAACCUUUAUUUUAUUUUUUUUGUUCAGAAAAAAACAUUUGCUAAAAAUGUAUCCGAUUGGUUUAUGUUUUGCUACAUUACUGUUUAAUCAUCUUGUCAAGGAUUUUAAUAUAUGCAUAUUGGCUAUUGAAUGGUUAAUCUAAUUUGUAAAGUAUUUACCAAAUCUUAUUUUUCAUUUCUCUUAUCUACUGACAUUAAAAUCAAGUGUUUAUAAAAUUUGUAUGAAGUGAAUUGUGAAAAAGCUUCUCGUGUUUUUUAGUAGAACAUAUCACUUACAUUGCAUCAUAAUCAAAAUCAAUAAUAAUAAUCUAUCACAAAUGAAAUAAGUGACUUGUUAAAAAUCUCAUGAAUAUGUGGAGUACUUAGUUAUAAUUAGGCUGCUGCAGACAAGGAUGUUUAUGAAAGUCCUUCCCCUAAAAAAUUACUGAACUUUAAUUUUUGUAAGUAAUAUGAUUACGUAUCAAUUUCGAAUGUUUUAAGAUUUUGAUGCAUUAUUAUGAACUGAAAAUUAUAUAACACUUGCAGUGGCAUUUGUGUAGAGUAUAUAGUUGUAAAUUUUAUUUAUUUUCCAUUUUAUAUGACCCACGAAAUUUAUCCCAAAAUCCAUUUUGCGAGAUGAAAACUUUUGUUUGGUGUAAAAUUUUGAUUUGUUGAAAUUUGUAAAUAAAAAAGUACAGACAUGUAAA